AUGGAUGCCAAUCGUUCUCAACUUACAGAUGUGCUCGAUUUAGGAUCGCUUGAAGCUGAUCCAGGAGAAAGGAUACCCAUUGCUGAAUAUAACCCUCGAAUUCGGGAUGAAGUGAGGAGACAUUAUAUUCAAACAGGACCUUGUCAACCUUUACUGAAAAAAUUUCCUACAGCUCAAAUAGGAAAUAGAGGUCGUCAAUUUGUUUCAAGUUGGUACAAAGGUCCACAUUCUAAUUGGUUGGAGUAUAGCAUGAAGAAAGAUGCCACAUAUUGCCUAUGUUGUUAUUUGUUCAAAAAUGAAUUUGUACAUGGAAUUGCGGGUGAGUUUUAUACGAAAAAUGGUUUUAGGAGUUGGAAUAGGGCUCUUGAAAGGUUCCGUUUGCAUGUUGGUGAGGUUAAUAGUGUCCAUGAUAAAUGUUUCAAGAAGAUGCUAGAUUUGUCAAAUCAUCAUCAAUCAAUUCAAGUUGUUCUUGAAAAGCAUUCCGAGAAGGAAAAAAAUGAUUAUCGAAUGCGUUUGGAAGCCUCAAUUGAUGUGGCAAGACUUCUUUUGCACCAUGGGUUGCCUUUUCGAGGUCAUGAUGAAAGUGAAUCUUCAACAAAUCAAGGAUUCUUUCUAGGAUUUUUGCGAUGGCACGGGGAUAAACAUCCGGAUGUGGGAAAAGUGAUAUUAGAAAAUGCUCCACAAAAUGAUACUUUGACUUGUCCUAUGAUCCAAAAAGAUAUUGUCCACGCUUGUGCAAAAGAAACGGUGAAAGCUAUAAUUGGAGACUUGAAUGGAGAUUUCUUUGGUAUAUUAGUGGAUGAGUCCAAAGAUAUCUCACACAAAGAACAAAUGGCUCUUGUGUUGCGGUAUGUUGAUAAGAAUGGUGAGGUGGUAGAACGAUUUAUUGGUCUAGUCCAUGUUAGUGAUACAUCGGCAUGCUCGUUAAAGAAAGAAAUCUACUCUUUGCUUUCUAAUCACUUACUAAGUCCGUCCAAAAUAUGUGGGCAAGGUUAUGAUGGAGCUAGUAAUAUGAGAGGAGAGAUAAAUGGUCUCAAAACUUUGAUUAUGAAAGAUAGUCCAUCGGCAUAUUACAUUCAUUGUUUUGCUCAUCAAUUGCAAUUAACACUUGUAGUUAUUGCUAAAAAACAUGGGGAUGUUGAAGACUUCUUUGAUCAUGUUACUAAUGUGUUGAAUGUUGUUGGAGGAUCUUUUAAGCGUAGAGAUUUGAUUCGUCAUCAUCAAGCUGAAAAGUUGGAGCAGUUACUUGAAUCAGGUAAAGUUCAUACUGGACGAGGACUAAAUCAAAUGCGCGGACUUCAAAGACCAGGUUCCACCUCAAGUGAUAGAAAUCAAGCAAAAUAUCUUUUGACUGAGAUUAAAACAUUCAAGUUUGUUUUUAUGCUUCACUUGAUGUUGAAAGUGUUGGCAAUGUCAAAUGACUUGAGCAAAAUUUUACAAAAAAAGGAUCAAGAUAUUAUUAAUGCCGUGGAGUUUCUUAACAUUGCAAAAGAAAGAUUGCAAGAUAUGAGGGAAACUGGAUGGAGGCCUUUGUUGGAUGAUGUUUCCUCAUUUUGUGAUGCACAAGAUAUUUUGAUUCCCAAGUUAGAUGAGUCUUAUUUUCCUGGAAAGUCAAAGCGUAAGUCUUCUGUGUUUGUUAUUCACACCACUUGUGUAUUGAAAUCUUUUGUGCUGUGA